AUGGGGCCACCGAUAAGUUGCAAACGAAUGGUAAAUGAAAACAAAGCAGCGAAAGAUUUUGGACAAAUUGCUGUUUUUAGUGAAGUUGCUGUGAGGCAUAAUAUAGCUGUUUUGGAAUAUUCGAGGACAUGUCAAGCAGCGGCAGCAGGAAUGGCUAGUGGCAUUCUUGGUCUAACCGGAAUACCGGGAUUCAUUUUCUAUUUCGCUCUUGUGAUUUUACAGGCUUUCUUGUGGGAAAUGAAAGCAAACUUUGAAUGGCAGAAUUAUUUUAUGAGUCGAAGUUCAUCGUUUACGCAUUCCUUGUUAUCUGGCUUAUUUACUUAUACAUUAUUUUGGGUAUUUUUGUAUGGUAUGGUGCAUGUUUAUUAA